UGUCAUUAUGUCAACCAUGAGGUCUAGAGCUCUCGGCAUAUUGUCGAGUGGCUGGUUGGUGGUCUUCUGUCUCCAAUUUCCCCAAUUUCCAGAACAAGCCUACCACGACCAUGAAUCUCUACCAGACAUGUCCAUGUGUGAGGCUAUUAGGACGACCGAGGGAUAUUCCGGACUCCGUGCGUCCAGCGAAGGCAAGAAGACCAUCACAAGUUGCAACUUCCAUCAAUAAGACCUUGGAUUGCGAAACAGAAAAGGGUGAUCAACUGUCGAUUCCAGGAAGGGCUCUCGACUCCGACUGAUUUCAUUGGGCUUAGGUUGUGUUCCACUAAGAGCCAACCUCCAACACGGCUCGGAGACGUGGCUGGAGCCAACAAGGUAAGGGAAGUUCUCAAGUCUCAUGCUUAUCAUGUUACCACUGUCGAGAGGAUGCAGGCCGAUUGGCUGCCAGGAGUGGCAGACUCCAAUCCUUGUAUCAAGAUAAAGCUGCUUGAAUACAGCAAUAGCUAUAGC